CAGCAAAACUAAAAAAAAUAUUGAAUAGGUACGUUGAAAAUAAAAAUAUUACUUACCCUAAUGCGGAAUAAAAUUUCAAGUUAAAAAAAAAGGUCACUAAAACACUCACGGACAUGGAAGAUUUUCGAUUUUCUUUCUGACUUCUUCCAAGUCGCUUAAUAUUUCACGUGUCUCCUGACACAUACAGCUGAUAAAAUAAAAUAUUAGCGAUAUCAAAAAAUAUAUAAAGGAAAGCAAAGUGGUAUCAAACAAUUAUAAAAUCUUUAUAUUCACCUACCGGUCCAUUUUUGGGGUUAGAAAUGGGAAGAUUUAGGGUGUGUUUUCUCUCUUUAUUUCUAAAAUCAUGUGAUAUCAGUACUUCAUUUAAAUAAUAAAAAAAAAGAAACAGGUUCUCAACUGUAGCAAUUUAACUAAUAAUGAGAAAAUCCAGGGCGUUAUCUCUUUUCAUAGUUAGAGAAAAUAGUGAUACAGGUACUUCUUUAAAAUAGUAAAACCGGUUGGUAUUUGUAACUAACAAUAGUUAACUUGAAAAAAAAAACCGUACAUCUUAUCGUUUUUACAGGGUAGAGGAGAAAAGCGAAAUUCUGUCAGUCAAAUUAAUCUGUACGAUGUACUUAAACAAGACUAUAAAACAUGACAUCUGGUGAUGAAAAAUUCCACAGAAAUCAUUUCAAUGACAAUUGUAUGUUCACCAUCUGUUACGAGUAAUGACAGAAUGUAGAAAAUUUCACAGAUAAUUUUAUUAUGCUCAGAAAGCGACGAAGGGGAGUGGGGGGGGGGGGGUGACUUUUCCAUCAGGGUCAUGUAUCUGUGUAAAUUGAAGAUAAAAUGUGGGACAGGGGUCAUAUAUUCACUAAUCUUAACUGUAUCCAACGUGUUAUGACUCUGGUCAGUGAAAAGUUUUUAACGAUAGAAAAACUAAAAGUGUUGAUCUUUUUUGUUGUUGUUAUAUACUCGGAGUACAGUUGUGAGGAGUGCAACUAUAUGUUUAGUAACUAUGCGUCCUGUACAGGGGAAUCAGUCUGUGUGUACGGAGCCGAGUAUGUACGAGUGGAAUGCUGGUUACGAAACAUCAGAUCCGAUACAUUUAUAAAACAGUUGUUAGUGAGAGGGAAUUGCGGUGCUGCAUCACGAUUUAAACAGUUAUGUAGUCAAGAUGUAGGAUUUAUCGAAAUGAUGAAUUCCAACGACACUUUCCCCUGUGCAGAAACGUCCACAACUAUCAACAGCAUGGAGUCAACUAAUGAUAAAUUCUCCAAGAUGGCAGUUACCACUACGCCCGUGCUCUCUCCGUCUUCCGUAACCCGCGGACAUACUCCCCAUGACAUCAGUACACACGGAGACCCGACUUUCCCUAUCACGACCCCGGUAUCUAUAAAUAACGCGUCAACUAGCAUUACAGACUCAUCCGCCACCCUUAUUAGGACGCGUGCGACCUCUACUUUGACCUCCACCGUUUCCGAAGGACAUAUGAUUUCACGCAUCACGCCCCUCAAUGUUACACCCACAUCACUGAUUUCGGAAAAUGUAUCCUCAACGACGAAUACAGACAAAAGUUUUGACAAGGGUUCCCCACGGGCUCCUAAACGAUUUAACUACUUCAACAUCCCGGUCGAGCACUUUGAUACGGACAGCGGUGCACAAAACCACGGUGGGCCCUGAAAAGGGUAUUGCAAUUGAAACAGAUUAUUUAUUUAUCACUAUUCUAUUUAAAAGGAUUUAAGAUUAAAACGGAGGGGGGGAAAUGAAAUCCGAAUCAAUUAAUAUGAAUAUUGUAAUUGAUGGUAAAGAAAUAUUAUGAGAAACAAAAAAUGUAAUUAAAAAAAAUUACAUAUG